GACGUCCUCCAUGCCGUCUACGGUGCAGAGCAACCCUGCCCACGGGCCAGGCGCGACCUCCCUUGCUUUCUCUCGCGAUGGCUCACGCGUCUACACAGGCGGAGCAGACAGUCUCGUCAGGAUAUGGGACCCACAGCUAGGAGAGGACCAGGAGCCACCCAGCGCCGCAGAGGCUGCCGACGAGGUUACCACCGUUGCCGCAGGAACGCACUGCUGGCUAUCUGGAAGUAAAGAUGGAGACGUGCGCAAGUACGAGAUCUUGAAGCCCGUUCCGGACGCCAAGCCUACCAUGGAAGGCCUCGUCGCAAGUGCGCAAGGAAUUCCCAUCCGCUGUAUAGUUGUGGACCCUAAGGGGACCAGGGUUGCGGUCACGUCCGACGAGCCGGACGUAAAGCUGAUCGACCUCGACGACAUCACCAAAAUCUCUAUACUGAAAGGUCACUCGAAGGCUGUACGCAAAGCGACGUGGCAUCCAUCUGGCUCACUUCUUACAACAUGCGGCGCAGAUGGCAAGGUAAUCGUCUGGGACGUCUCAGGGAGCGAACCUAAGGAAGAGAAGGUCAUCGACGGCAUCAUUCCCGCCGUAGCAGAUUCCGAGUCCCCCGAGUUCGGACACGACUGCUCUGCGGUAUGGCACACCUCCGGCCAGUACUUCUUCGUCGCCACACGGACGCACGAAAUCGUAACAAUAUCACGAUCCGACUGGACCAAGUCCUCGACGCUCUCAGACGACGCAUGCUCGGGCGCCAUCACCGCUCUCGCGCUCUCCAAGAACGGGGUGUACCUCGCAGCCGCAUCUAAAUCCGGCGUUUUCAUCUGGUCGACGCAGAACAGGCGCAUGCUCUUCCGCUUCCAGGGUGCGCUCAAUGCGCCCAUCACCCAGAUGGCAUUCUCACCCGUCAAGAACCUGCUCGCCUGGACGGACUCUGCUGGUGAUCUCACGCGCUGGCGCGACCCUAUACCGUCCUCCUCGCCCGACCCUGUCAAGCUUUCCGUAGGUACGACGGCGGUUGGGGUACCCGUCAAGCGGAAGAGUACCCCCACACUGUUCGACGAUGAUAAUGUCAACGUCGCGCGCGGUGAAAAGAGCAAGCCGAGGGACGACAACGUCGAUGACGACCUUGGGAUCGACCUGGACAACGACGAUUGGAUCCUCGACGACCUCGGUGGGGGACUGAACGACGAUGACGGGGAAGCGAGGCGGAUCGCUACCGAGAGCGGCAUCCGCGAGAUGGUCAGCGUGACGAAGGCGCAGGGCCCUUUCCAACCCGGCUCGACGCCAAUGGAGAACAAGAAGCGCUAUCUAGCGUACAACAUGAUCGGCGUGGUGGAAGUAACUGACCAAGACACGCAUCAUAUCGUCAACGUCGAGUUCCACGACCGCUCCGCGCGCAAGUCGUACCACUUCACCGACCACUUCCGGUACGAGCUUGCCGCCCUCGGCGAGCGCGGCGCGGUCUACGCCUGCCAGCCCGAGAGCUCGCACGCGGCGCACGUCAUCUACAAGCCGUACGGGGCCUGGGCGGCGCAGUCCGAGUGGACGUACGACCUCCCUACAGGCACGCGCGUGCUCGGGGUCGCCGCGGGGGGCAUGCCCCCGUCCGGCAAGUCCCUGAGGGAGAAGACGGACGUGGACAUUGGGGGGCAGGGAAACGUCGUGAUCGCGACGAGCGAGGGGGAGCUCAUCUUCCUCACGGGCAGCGGGAUCGAGCGGGCGUGUCUGAGCCUGCCGGGGGACUUUGUGACGAUGGUCGCGGGGAGCGAGUGGGUGUUCGUCGUCACGCGGGACGGGAGCACGUCGAUGGACGGCUCGCAGAACUUGACGGGGCGGCUGAUCAAGUUCGACGACUUCUGCAUACUGCAGAAGGACGUGCUGCCGAUACCGAAGCGCCACACGCUCAAGUGGGUCGGCAUCACCGAAGAGGGCGCACCUGCGAUCUACGACUCGGCCGGUAUCCUGAACGCGAUGCCGCGCUUCCGGAUCCCGCUCUCGGCGACGUGGGUGCGCAUCCUCGACACGAACAAGCUCGACCGGCGCGAGGGCAAGGACGAGUCGUACUGGCCCGUCGGCGUCGUCGGCGACAACUUCAUGUGCCUCAUCCUCAAGGGCCGCCAAGGGCACCCCGGCUUCCCGCGGCCCCUCAUCCAAGAGCUCCCGAUCCGCCUGCCGUUCAAGCGGACAGAUGCCAAGGAGUCGCCGCUCGAGGAGCAGUUCGCGCGGGAGACCCUCCUCCUCGACAUCCUCCGCGACAGCCUCGGGGACGACCUCACGACGCCCGAGCUCGCCGUGCGCGAGCUCGCGCUCGACAAGGCGCUCAUCCAGCUCAUCCAGCACGCGUGCAAGACCGACCGCCUCGCGCGCGCGCUCGACCUCGCCCGCCUCCUCCACCUCACGCCCUCGUUCGACGCCGCGGUCAAGAUCGCCGGCUUCUACCACCUCAUCGGCCUCCAGGAGAAGAUCGAGGCGCUCAAGGAGGAGCGCGCCGACGCGGACCGCCUCGAGGGGCUCCGCGAGCGACGGCGGCAGGCCCAGGCGGACUUCGCGCCCAUCCCGGCCAUGCGCCUCCCCGCUGCCGCCAGUGACGCGGGAGGCUCGCGCCCGAAGCCGUUCCAGGACUUCCGGCCGCCCCCCGCGCUGCAUAGACCGGGUCUCGAGCGGGCUGCCGCUGCCUCGAGCCAAAUCUCGGACGAUAAUACGGUGCUCAACGGGUCGUCGUUUGCGGACAGCACGCAGGACGACUAUUCGUGGCAGUCGCCUGGGGGCCGGAAGCGCCCCGCGGACGACGAGCCGGUGCGCGAGACGCGCUCCCCAGGGGCAGAUUCUGGCGCGAAGCGUCGCGCGAUCGGUGAGCCUGCCUCGGCUGUGAGGAAUGGUGCCCCUCAACCUCGCAGCAACCCAUUCGCGCGCAAGCCCGGGGCGGGUGACGCCAACGGGCGCAACCCGUUCGCGCGUAGCGCAGACGCGAACAAGAGCGUGCACAAGAGCGAUAGCUUCUUCAACAAGGUCGACGCGGCCGAGGCCGACAAAGGCAAGCGCGGCGCGGCGGGGGGCAAGGGCAAGCCGAAGGACGCAGGGAGGCAGACGACGCUGUUCGGCCUGCCUGCUGUGCAGCCUGCGGAGAAGGAGAAGAAGGCCCCGGCGAAGAAGAGGAAGGCUGCCGGGGGCGGAGGGGAAUCGCAGGAGGCGAGCAAGGGGCUGGAGAGCCAGACGCAGACUGAAACGCAGACCGAUACCCAGCCGGACGUCGCGAUGGACGACAGCCAGGCUGAGACGCUUGCGAACGAUGACACUCAGAUCGACGAGCAGCAGACACAGUUGGAGACGCAAGCUGACGACAUGGACGAGGAGCCGAUUGAGUGGCCAGAGUCCCCGCCGCGACAGCAGCGGGAGCUCGCGGUAGACGCGGAGUAG